GACUGUGCUGGUAAGUAUUGUAUCAUUGGGAGCAAAAGCAGCGUUGUGGACCGUAGUGUGGCACUAGCCACUAGGCAGGUAGAGAAAGUCCAAAAUCCAAGACGAUGAGAACUUUUUAGUUCUAGGCUUUUUAAAUUGCAUUGGAAAAGGACCACAAUCAACACCCUCUCAUGCUUAUUGCUUAUUUAGUGCUCAACACUAAAAACACAACUUUCUCUCUCUAUUACUAUAUAUAUCAACCUUACCUUCCCGCUCGGAUAUAAACACAAACACUUAGCCUACCAAUUUAACCAAACUUCCCCAAAUCACAACGACACAAAGCCAAAUGAAGUACGUGUUGGUCACCGGAGGAGUCGUUAGUGGCCUCGGCAAAGGCGUCACCGCCAGCAGCGUAGGCGUCGUGCUCAAGGCUUGUGGCCUUCGCGUCACUUCCAUCAAAAUCGAUCCCUACUUGAACAUAGACGCUGGCACCAUGUCUCCUUUUGAGCACGGAGAGGUUUUUGUUCUUGAUGACGGUGGAGAGGUUGAUUUGGAUUUGGGAAAUUAUGAGCGCUUCUUAGAUGUCACGCUCACAAAGGAUAACAACAUCACCACUGGGAAAAUAUACCAGUCUGUUCUUGAGAAGGAACGUAAAGGGGAUUAUCUUGGGAAAACUGUUCAGGUGGUUCCGCACAUUACUGAUGCUAUUAAAGAUUGGAUUGAAUCGGUUGCUGUGAUUCCCGUGGAUGGAAAUGAAGGGCCUGCAGAUGUUUGUGUGAUUGAGCUGGGAGGCACUGUGGGUGACAUUGAAUCUAUGCCAUUUAUUGAGGCUCUACGGCAAUUGUCCUUUCAAGUGGGGCCUGACAACUUCUGUCUUAUCCAUGUUAGCCUGAUACCAGUGUUGGGUGUAGUGGGAGAGCAAAAAACAAAGCCCACACAACAUAGUGUCAGGGAACUGAGAGCAUUGGGCUUGACACCUCAUCUUUUAGCAUCUCGCUCUGCUCAGCCUCUUCUGGAAAGUACCAAGGAAAAACUCUCACAGUUUUGCCAUGUUCCAGUUGAUAAUAUUCUGAAUAUUCAUGAUGUACCAAACAUUUGGCACAUUCCCCUCUUACUUAGAAGCCAAAACGCUUACCAUUCAAUUCUGCAGCAGCUUAACUUACUCAGCAUUGCUACGACUCCUGAUUUACAGCAAUGGACAGAGAUGGCUGAGAGUUAUGAUAAUCUCACUGAAUCUGUGAGGAUUGCGAUGGUGGGAAAGUAUGUUGGUCUAACAGACUCGUAUUUAUCUGUUGUAAAGGCCCUUCUGCAUGCUUGCGUUGCACGCUCAUUGAAGCCUUCAAUUGACUGGAUUGCAGCUUCUGACCUUGAAGAUGACAGUGCAAAAUCUACACCUGAAGCAUAUGCUGUGGCGUGGGAGACUCUGAAAAGUGCAGCUUGUGUCUUGGUUCCUGGGGGAUUUGGAGAUCGUGGUGUGAGAGGUAUGAUGCUAGCUGCCAAAUAUGCCAGAGAGAACAAUGUUCCUUACCUGGGAAUUUGCUUGGGAAUGCAAAUUUCUGUGAUUGAGUUUGCUAGAUCAGUUUUGGGUUGGGAAAGAGCAAACAGUGUAGAGUUUGAUGCCCAAACACCGCAUCCUGUUGUGAUUUUCAUGCCAGAGGUAUACAUGUCUUUCUCCCCUCCCUUUUUAUUUUGUGUGUGUGUGUGUGUGUAUGUAACGUCUCCUUGUCCCAAACAGGGUUCACGAACGCAUAUGGGAAGUACCAUGAGGCUUGGAUCUCGAAGAACUCUCUUACAGACACCUGAUUGUAUCUCUUCCAAGUUAUACGGGAAUUCAGAGUACAUUGAUGAACGGCAUAGACAUAGAUAUGAGGUAAAUCCAGAUGUUAUUGUAACUUUAGAAGAAGCUGGGCUACAAUUUGUUGGGAAGGAUGAAAGUGGAAAACGAAUGGAGAUCUUAGAGCUUCCUAGUCAUCCAUUCUAUGUAGGUGUGCAAUUUCAUCCAGAAUUCAAAUCACGGCCAGGGAGACCCUCUGCUUUGUUUUUAGGUCUCAUAUUGGCAGCAACGGGGAAGUUGGAAGCACAUAUUAGUAGGCAUCAGAAUGGAAGUUGAUGUACGAUUCGUUACUAUAGGACACACACAAUCUCAUAUCAUAUUUUUUUGAGGUAAGCUGGUUCUCAAAAGGGAAAAUAAUUGGGAGAGGGAAGGGAAUGGGAACUGAAGGAGAUAAGGGAAACCCUGAAGUAUAGUAUGUGGCCAUCUGCCCCAUGUUUCUCUAGGUUGGUUCUCAUUCAUAUUAGUUGCGGAGUAAUAUUACUUGCACCCUCACAUUCACUUUUUUUCAUCAGAGUCACUUACAUUAAUAAUUUUUUUUUAUCAAAUUAUCUUAAUGGUAAGGAGAAGAUGCUUAAAGGUUACAAAUACUAGUAUAUCUUUGGCUGUGACUUGAUGAAAUCAAGCAUGGCCGCUACAAUAGUAGCUUUGUAGUGCUCGAGAGGUCUUGUCUUUCCUUUGCUGAAAUCAGCAUGUCUUGGCGACGCUUUUUUAAAAAAAUUUGGGGUAUGGCCAAAUCUUUACCUGUGGGUGCAGCUUGCUCUGGAUGUAAUACCAGGUCUUCUAAUUUCAUUCUUGUCAUCUUUUUCGACCUUUA